AAAAACCCCUAAGUUAAAAAAAAACCGCCGUCGCUGAAGCACCGAUUGAAUGCGCAGGCGUCAGGGAUGUGGAUGUUCCCGAAUAUUGCGCAUGCGCAUUUUACAAUGUGCGUCGGAAACCCGGCUGCAGGUUAAAAAUGACAAAGAAUUUGUCUACGCGAAUUCAAACACAAAACACCAGUUUUGCUGUCUCUGUCCAGAUAUUAUAAGAAGUGGAGCAAGGGAUUCACUCGAUCAUCCUUCCUGCUCAGACUGUGGGCAGAGAUUCACUUGGUCUUCUGACCGUCUGGCACGCCUGUCAUUUUACACAGAGGAAAGGCCAUUCACUUUCUCAGACUGUGGGAAUGGAUUCACUCGGUCAUCUCAACUGAAGGUACAUCAGCAAGUCCAUUCAUCUGUUCUGUGUGUGAAAAGGGAUUCAGUCGGACAUCCCAGCUGUGGACACACUGUUCACACUGGACAGAGGCUGGUGAUCUGAUGAAUUUGUGGGGAAGGAUUCACUCGGUCAUCUGAACUAAUGGCAAAUCAGCAAGUUCACACUGGGGAGCAGCCAGUCACCUGCUCAAUCUGUGGGAAGAGAUUCACUGAACUAUCCAACCUACAGAGACACCAGCGAGUUCACACCGGGGAGCAGCCGUUCACCUGCUCAGUCUGUGGGAAGAGAUUCACUGAGCUAUCCAACCUACAGAGACACCAGCGAAUUCACACUGGGGAGAAGCCGUUUACUUGCUCAGAAUGUGGGAAGGGAUUCACUGAGUCAUCCAACCUACAGAGACACCAGUCAGUUCACACUGGAGAGAAGCCAUUCACCUGCUCAGUCUGUGGGAAGAGAUUCACUGAGUCAUCCAACCUACAGAGACACCAAUCAGUUCACACUGGAGAGAAGCCAUUCACCUGCUCAGUCUGUGGGAAGAGAUUCACUCAGUUAUCCAACCUACAGAGACACCAGUCAGUUCACACUGGAGAGAAGCCGUUCACCUGCUCAGACUGUGGGAAGGGAUUCACUCAGUCAUCCAACCUACAGAGUCAUCAGCGAGUUCACACUGGCGAGAAGCCGUUCACCUGCUCAGAAUGUGGGAAGGGAUUCACUCAGUCAUCCACCCUACAGGGUCACCAGCGAGUUCACACUGGGGAGAGGCCAUUCACCUGCUCAGAAUGUGGGAAGGGAUUCACUCGAUCAUCCCAACUACUGGCACACCAGUCAGUUCACACCGGGGAGAGGCCAUUCACCUGCUCAGAAUGUGGGAAGGGAUUCACUCGGUCAUCCCAUCUACUGGCACACCAGUCAGUUCACACUGGGGAGAGGCCAUUCACCUGCUCAUUCUGUGAGAAGAGAUUCACUCAUUCAUCCCACCUACAGAGUCAUCAGCGAGUUCACACUGGGGAGAAGCCAUUCACCUGCUCAGACUGUGGAAAGGGAUUCACUGAGUCAUCCAACCUGCAGAGACACCAGCGAAUUCACACUGGGGAGAAGCCGUUCACCUGCUCAGAAUGUGGGAAGGGAUUCACUCAGUUAUCCACCCUACAGGAUCACCAGCGUGUUCACACUGGAGAGAGGCCAUUCACCUGCUCAGAAUGUGGGAAGGGAUUCACUCGGUCAUCCCAUCUACUGGUACACCAAUCAGUCCACACUGGAGAGAAGCCGUUCAUCUGCUCAGUGUGUGGGAAAGGAUUCACUCGGUCAUCCCACCUACGGGUACACCAGUCAGUCCACACUGAGGAGAAACCGUUCAGCUGCUCAGAAUGUGAUAAAGGAUUCAAUCAGUCAUCCCACCUACUGGCACGCCAGUCAGUUCACACAGGGGAGAGGCCGUUCACCUGCUCAGUCUGUGAGAAGAGAUUCACUCACUCUUUCACCCUACAGAAACACCAGCGAGUCCACACUGGGGAGAAGCUGUUCACCUGCUCAGAAUGUGGGAAAGGAUUCAUUCAGUCAUCCCAACUACUGGCACACCAGUCAGUUCACAACGGGGAGUGGUCGUUGUUAUGAAUCCCCAGGUUUUGU